AUGAUCCCCAAAGCAGUCAUCACCUUCCUCUACCUCCUCGACCUUCUCCAAUACAGCUUUUUCUUCCUCCUCCAUCGGAUCGGACUCAACCCAAACUUCGAUCCAGAGGCGACCCCAUGGGAGAAUGAGGAUGUCUUAUUCUCCUCCGUCGGCAUCCCCGUGCCAACAUCCACUUCCAUUGCCGAGUCUCUCAAGUGCAAGCUGCCGGUUAUGGAGUUCCAGAGAUUCAUCCAGAAAAAAGGAAAAUUUUGCACAAAUGAGGCGAAGGAGGAAUGUGUUAUUUGCCUUCGGUACAUAGAGGCGGAGGAUCACGUUCGGGAGCUUGGGAACUGUUGCCAUGCUUUUCACGUUGAUUGUAUGGACCGGUGGCUGAAUCUUGGCCGGUUCUGUUGUCCGCUCUGCAGAUCGGCAGUAGCUCCGGCUGAGGCCGGUCUAAGAGCGCCGCUUUCGGUUUUGAAAGUCCUUCUGGUUGGGCGUCGUCCUCAGUUUAAGCGUUGCUGA